AUAAAAGUUGUUUGACGUUCAGCUGAAAUUUUCAGCCUGAAAACAUGUAAUUUUAAUCUGUUUAUCUUAUUUCUGUGACCCUGCUUUAUCAAUUGUUUUAGUGGUUUCCUUUGGAUUUUAAUUGCCUUUCACUACCCUUAACGUAUAAAUUUAUUUAUUAUCAUCUCUACUUGUGUGAGAAAAAUGGCUGACAGACUGACUCAGAUUCAAGACGCUGUUAAUAUCCAAGCUGAAAAUUUUUGCAAUAGUAUUGGUAUAAUUCAACAAUUCGCCAAACCAAGUUUUUUCCCAGAUUUCGAAAAGUCAAAGACUUCAUCGAAUGACGACUCAUCUCCAGGUGAAGAUUAUCCUCAAUUAUUUGCUCAAUUAAUCGCGAGGACAGCCAAGGAUAUUGAUGUACUUAUUGAUUCGCUUCCAAGUGAAGAGUCUACACCAGAACUUCAGGCCUCCCACCUAAAAAGAUUGGAAGCUGAGAAUCAAGAGGCUGCUCAAAGAUUAGAAGAGACUGUAGCCAGAGGAGAGAAACUAUUGGACCAAAUUCAAAAAGCUCUUCAAGAUAUUGCUGAAGCACAAUUACAAAUGCAAUGCUAUAAAAACAGUUAAAUUAUAAAAAUUAUCUUUCAAAAUCAUUUGAUCAUAAUUUUUCGCGUUUAAAUAAUAUUUAAUUCAUUCUGUCUUGAGUACAGAAAGUUUAUCGAAAAAGGACAGUUAACGAAAUCACCUUUGACGCACAACUUGUAAUCAAUAAUGCCCGAAUUCAAAUUAAUGUUGUUGUCAAAGCUACCCGAGUAAGUCUUUAUCAUUUUCUUAAAAAUCAUUAAAGCAAAAUUAAUAUUUA